CAGACGUCAGCCGCAGCCUCUCUCUGGGCCGCUCCGUGCUGCAUCAUCCCCGCCUCCGGCCGCCUCCCUCCGUCCCUCCCGGCCUCUCCUCGCGUCCCCGUCAGGCCACCGGGAGCCGCCGCUGCCCGCCCGGCCCGGCCUGGCUCGGCCCCGCUCGGGGGCGCUGAAUAAAGCCGCGGGGCCCGCCCGCUGCCGUCCCUCCCUUCCCCUUCCCCUCCCUUCCUCCCUCCCUUCCUCUCUCCGCCUGGUGCCGCCACCGCCGAGGAGGAGGAGGAGGAACAUGGCGAAAGCGGAGCAGGUCCUCAGCCUCGAGCCGCAGCACGAGCUCAAAUUCAAAGGUCCUUUCACAGAUGUAGUCACUACAAACCUGAAACUCGGCAAUCCUACAGACAGAAAUGUGUGCUUCAAAGUCAAGACCACAGCACCACGCAGAUACUGUGUAAGGCCUAACAGUGGAAUUAUCGAUGCAGGAACAUCAAUUAAUGUUUCUGUGAUGCUACAGCCUUUUGACUAUGACCCUAAUGAGAAAAGUAAACACAAGUUUAUGGUUCAGUCUAUGUUUGCUCCAGCUGAUACUUCAGAUAUGGAAGCAGUAUGGAAAGAGGCAAAACCAGAGGAACUCAUGGAUUCGAAACUUAGGUGUGUGUUUGAGCUACCAGCGGAAAAUGAUAAGCCUCAUGACAUAGAAAUAAAUAAAAUUGUAUCCACAACUGCAACAAAGACAGAUUCCUCUGUAAUGUCUAAAUCAAUAAGUUCUUCUUUGGAUGACUCUGAAGUUAAGAAAGUAAUGGAAGAAUAUAAGAGGCUUCAAGUAGAAGUUCAGAGGUUACGGGAGGAGAAUAAACAGUUUAAGGAAGAAGAUGGACUUCGGAUGAGGAAGGCACCCCAGACAAACAACCCCAUAUCUGCUUCUGCAGCUGCUGUGAAGGAUGAAGGGCUCAGCUCCAGACUACUCGCUUUGGUGGUUUUGUUCUUUGUCUUUGGUGUAAUUAUAGGAAAACUAGCCUUGUAGAGGCAGCAUGCUGGAAAUUGUAAAUUGAUUUGAUGGUUCUGCCAUAUCAUUGGAUUAAAUUUAUUCAUAACAAUGUUUAAAAAAAAUUAAUGUAUGACAUCUCACAGGUCUUGCCUUUAAAUUACCCUGCACAAAUAUUAUGUAACAUAAUCUAGAAAGUUUAAAAUGUACAAUGAAUGAGUGAAUGAAAGAGAAUAAUCUUCAGUGAUGAAGGCAGGAAGAAAAUCAUGAUUUAACACUACAAUGGAAUAUUGUAUAUGUCAUUUUAAACAUUCUUAGACCCUGGUACAUGUUGCUGAAUUACCUCUUUUUAAAAAAAAGGGAGAAAAAAAAGGAAAAUAGAAAAGAAACUAUUCCUCCACUGCUGGAGCUGGCCCUAUUGGAUGUUUGGAGCUGGGUUAGGCAGGAGGUGUUGAUAACUUCUGUAAAAUACGUUAAUCCACCAUUCUGCUCAUAAAUUUAACAGUUUCUGUCAGUGUCUUCAACUCUGUGCAAGUUACCAAUUUUUUGGCACUUAAAUGAAUAGUGAGAAGCUGAGAAGAAUUGUAUGUGGCAAUGCUGAAUGUGCUAGGCAUCAUUAAGAGGCGUAUAUUGACUGGUAUGACGCUCAUUUGGAAUAAAGGUCAAUGCCUUGUUCUCAUGAAGGGACCAAGCUACAUUGCUGUUGGUUCAUUUAGUUGAAUUAAAAUGUUAUUCAGAGAUGUUUAAUGCAUAUUUAACUUAUUUAAUGUAUUUCAUCUCAUGUUUCCUUAUUGUCACAAAAUUGACUAAUACUAUAUGGUAUGAAAAGACACCUGUUCUAAAGCCAGUGACUAGAACUAAACUGCUGCUGUAGUGAUGCGAGAUUCUUCUGCCUCCUGGUGUUUUGGGCACUACACGUAAAUUGUUGGGAGUUUUGAUCAUCCGAGCAUUGGAGAAACAGUGGUCAGGAAACUGUUUUUGUAUGUAAAUAAGUCUAUCUAGGGGAAAAAAUAUUAGUAGUAAACUAGUCCUAUGCCGUAAAAAGACCAAUCCUGUUUGAUGAUGUAGCAUCUUAAAAAAAAAAAAAAAAAAAGAAAAGAAAAAAAGAAAUUAAAUAAAGCCCCCAAA